AUAAAUUCACUAGAGGCUGGUCUUUUCUCAGGGUCAUCUCUGAUCAUCAGCUGUCCGGUGCUAAUAGAGCCGGCUAGAAGAAUCUGCUCAGGAGAAAUGAAAAACUUCCUGAGGCUGUGUCUCUUUCUUCUCUGCUUUGAAACAGGAUUCCCUCUACAGUGUGUGCAGUGUCAGUCUUACAAAAAUGGGGAGUGUGCCACAAAAAAGGAGACAUGCACUACAAAACCUGGUGAAACGUGUAUGAUCCGCAGAACCUGGUAUGCAAAUGAAAUUCAUAAUCUGCAAGAUGCUGAGACUAAGUGCACGAAUUCUUGUAAAUUUGAAGAAAAAACUUCUGGAUAUCUAACAACACAUACAUACUGCUGUAGUCAUGGAGAUUUCUGUAAUGACAUUAAUUUACCCAUCGUGAUGACUUAGCAUAAUCUAGUUCCAGUUGACCUCAUCAGCCCUUUCCUUUUCAUUCUCCAUUUUCUUUCAUUGACUUUUAUUUUCAAUCUGGACUAUAGAUUUUUCUGAUAAUCAAUAUUGUGCAAGUCAUAGAACCUGGGGACAUACAGAAAUUUCUUGUUCUUUUGAAAGUAUGUUUGAUCAUAUAGUCUAAUUCUUGUGCUUGGUAUCCCUAGACUUAUUACCAUGAAUAUAGCUAAAUCUUGGUUUCCAUUAAUGUAUUUAUCACUUCAGUGUGGGUGGCUAAAAUAAAUAAAUGGAUUAAAAUAUGUGAACUGUCAGGAAGAGUGUGAACAUUCCCAGUAUCCUUUGCAUAACAUGUACUUUAUGAACUUAGAAUUGUUCUCAUUGUGACUUACACUUCCAAUAUACAGUUUAAAGGAGGAAAGAUUGCUGUGGAUUCUGCUUUUAGGCUUUCACUGUCUUGUUCCAUGGCUAUGGACCUGUGAUAAGGCUGAAUUUCAUGACAGCAAAAGGUCAUGGCUCACCAAAACUUCUCACCCACUGGCAUCUAAAAUGUAGUAGUACAAAGGGAGGACCAGGGCAAAAUAUGAAAUACACUCAGUAGCUUAUGCUUGCUAAGUAUGCUGAAAAGAAAGGCAUCUGAAUAAACGUGUUUCCAUGAAUGACAAAAAUCACUGCUACAAAGUUAUAGUCUAACUUUCACCCAAUUAAAAAAAUCUCCACCUACUGCUUCUGAUAUAUUGGUGCCAGAAAAUGAAUCCACUAAGUGUUUCUUAUUCUUUGAAAGAUGUUCUUUCUGAGCAUGUAUAACAUGAAUGAAAUGUUGUUUACAUUCACCUGUCUUAAGAAAGUAAUACUACACCAAGUUGUCUUUGUGUCAUUAAAAUGGAAUUGCUUCUGAGCCUUCAUUCCCUUCUCCAUCU